AUGGACUCAGGUGAAAGAAAAUCAAAGCGUGUAACCCCUUUCCAUUCCUACACAGACACGAUCCAUCAUGGAGAUCUGGCAUGCCUCGAAGGACUCGCUCUUCAGCCCCAAGGAACGCGGAACCUGACUCCCCUGCAAACGAUAUCCGCCAGCUGGAUUAUAUGUGAUAGCUGGGCGGGAGUGGCUGCCACCGUGACCCUCGCCAUCGUGCAGGGUGGGCCAGUCACACUGGUCUAUGGCUUAAUUCUGGUCUUCCUCCUCGGCGGAGCGUGUACACUCACCCUAGCGGAGUUGGCAAGCAUCUACCCAACCGCCGGAGGGCAGUAUCACUGGACCUCGAUUUUGGCUCCUGAGCCGCUGAGUCGGGCAUUGAGCUAUUGCUGUGGGGUCUGCAAUAUGCUCGCGUGGAUUGCCAUCUGCACGGGGAUUGCACUUAUCCCGGCACAGCUCAUCCUAGGGAUUGUCCUCUUCUAUAAUUCAGACUAUCAUUCGCAGCCGUGGCACUAUUUCCUGAUCUACCAAUCUGUCAACGGGCUGGUACUGCUGUACAAUAUCACCUUAUUAAAAAAGUCCCUCUGGUUUCAUGAUAUCUGCUUCGUGAUAAACCUCACCAGUUUUGUCGCUAUCAUAGUUACCUGCCUGGCUCGCUCCGCAGCCCUGUACCAGCCGUCGGAUAUGGUAUGGGCGACCUUUCUCAAUGACAGUGGAUGGAACUCAGAUGGAGUGGCCUUUCUGACCGGCCUGGUCUCCCCCAACUACAUGUACGCAGGCAUUGACGGUGUACUGCACUUGGCGGAGGAGUGUCGGAGUGCGGCAACGGCCGUGCCCCGUGCUUUGAUGAUUACCCUCAUCAUCGGCUUUGCCACCUCCUUUGCGUUCAUGGUCACCAUGUUGUACUGUACCAGUGACUUGAAAGCCGUGGUGGCAUCGGCAACUGGAGUCCCCAUCUACGAAAUGUGGCAUCAGGCGACGCGUUCCCCUACCGUAGCGACCGUCUUCAUCAGCCUCCUCUUACUCGCCGCCAUCUUUGCGCUGACAGGGGCUCAGCAAACCGCGUCGCGUCUCACCUGGGCCUUGGCGCGAGACCAGGCCCUCGUCGGAAGUCAAUGGAUUAGAAAGUUGGAUGACAGACUGGACGCACCGGUCAGGGCUCUGGUUUUCAACUAUGCCGUGGUGUUCCUGAUCGGGUGUAUUUAUUUAGGGUCCUCAUCGGCAUUCAGCGCCUUCAUCGGCACCGGACUAGUUCUGCAACAUAUCUCGUAUGCAUUCCCUGCUGCGUUACUGUUGUAUCGCUGCCGAUCCGCGACCUGGUUGCCGGUUUCGCGCACGUUCCGAUUGCCCAAUAUAGUGGGGUGGGGUGCCAAUCUGAUCACCGUGUGUUUUGCCAUCUUGGUGUUGGUAUUUUACGACUUUCCUACGGUGCGGCCUGUGACGGGGAGUAAUAUGAAUUACACCUCGGCGGUCCUUGGAGUUAUGGGUCUUGUGGCUGGGGUGAACUGGGCAGUGUAUGCACGGAAGUGGUAUCGAGGGCCACGACUUUGGCGAGGGAGUGAGGAAUAG